CUUAAUAGAAUUACUGCAUUCAAUAAAGAUUCUGUUAUACAGUUCUUUAUUAACUUGAAUGAAGUCUUUCUCAAACAUUUAAGUUUAAGAAUCAAACAUGGACGAAACUGGUAUCACGGUGCAAAAAAAAUGUCCAAAAAUUUAUGCGCAGAAAGACACUAAAAAAGUCGAAGCAGUGACUUCAUGAGAAAGAAGAUGAACAAUUACUGCAAUUUUUUGAAUACUGCAGAAUAUUAUUCCACCCAUGUUAAUUUAUACAAGAGCUCGCAUGACUCUCCAACUUCAAAGAAAUGGAUAGAAGCAACUUAUGGUUGUUCCAGAAAUGGAUGGACUAAUGAGUACCUCUAUAUAAACUGGUUGCAGCAUUUUAAGAACCACGUGAAACCAACUCAUGAUAAUCCGAUGCUUUUUAUAUUGGAUAAUCAUACAAGCCAUAUUUCUCUUGCAGCUUUUGAAUUUUGUAAAGCCAAUUUCAUCACUGUUGUCAUUCUUUCCCCUCACACGUCUCAUAAAACUCAGCCUCUUGAUCUGACUUUCUUUGGUCCGUUGAAAAUCGUUCUUUAUCGGGAAUAUGAAUUAUUCUCGAGUACGAAUGCUUAUGAGAAAAUUACCAAAUAUAACCUCGCAGAGUUAUUGAAUAAAGCAUUCCUUAAGACUUCGUACCAGUUCCCUCAAGAAAUGCAAAAAUGUGAUAUUCUCAUACAAAAAUGCAAUCUGAAAUUUUGACUGCGUCUACAAAAAAGAAAAUUGGAAUAUGCAAAAGAGACGAAAAUAAAUGCUGCGAGGAAAAAAAUGGAGAGGUUGAAGAAAAAAGCAGACAGCGGAACUAAGAAAAAUUUGAAAUUGAAGAAAGAAUCGAAGAAGAGGAUGAAGAUUAAAGUUUUGAAAAGCGAAAAGUCAACGAGCUCUGACAUCAACACGGACAAUUCCUUCUAAUGAACAGUGCACCAUUUGCGGAGAAGCCGGAAGAGACAAGGAACUUUGGUUUCGGUGCUGUCUGAAUGGAUCCAUAAAGA